CUAGCUUCGAAACCCAGAUGGCGCUUCACGCUGACUCGAAUGCGUUCCACAUCAUGGUCGAUGCAUGCGAAUAGCCUCCUAUUUCGCGAAACGGGAUCCUUUCCGCAAUUGACCCCUGCACCAAUGACCCUUCCUUAGUUCUUCAGCCCUGCUUGUUGCUCUUUCCUUGCGUCUUUUCUGUCGGGGAAUAUUAAUAUACCUAAUAUCAGUGUUGAAGCAUUUUCUUCCAAAGCACAUUAAGCAUUUACUGUCGCUAGGCCUCUACAUCUCGACUAAGCCAUGACAUCAACCACCGUCGUCAAUAAAAAGCUGUCCCUCCUCUCCAUCGGAUCCCCAACCGAUCUCUACAGACAUCGGCAAUCGCAACUCUACCGCGACUUGGAACUUCUUCUCGACCUGACCCCCAGUACAUUCAGUUCGCACCUCCUCUCCCUCCCAAAAGAACUUCGACAACACAUCUUUACCUACCUCGUACCUUCAACAACCAAUGUCCGACCAAAACUCCACACCUGCCUCUGGGGCGCGGACAUGAUCGCCGGCGAACCCUGGCGGCACUCCACCUUCGGCUACGGCACCAACGUCCCUAAGAAACUGCGCCUGCGCCCGGAACUGCUGCUCAUCAAUAAAAGACUACGCGACGAAGUCCUCAAACUGUACUGGGACCGCAGCAAACUUACCCUGCAUGCCGAACUCCGCAAUACGAAAUUCCAAAACGAGCUCUUCGACUACUCGCCGCACAUCCUUAGACUCCCACUCCUGGCCUCUGUAACGCACGUCAGGUUUUAUGUAGAGUGGAACUACACGCUCACUAAGGCUGCGAGCAAGGCUACGAGACUUGAGGAUUAUGUGAGGAUGACGGAUGAUUUUUGUAAAGCCAUGGAUGAGAUUCUCAGGGGGAUAGGAAGGGUUGAGGGCGUGGAGUUGAGUGUGCUGUUUUUCUGGAAGUAUAGGAGUGGGAAGCUGUAUCAGCUUACGAUGGCGGAUCUUUUUGAUGUCGAGGAUGUGCUGAAGAAAUAUGCGGAGCCGAGAUGGUUAUCCCUCCUGCAAAAGUCGCAGGCCCGCAACAAACAAAAAACAUCCACGGAUCCAGCGAUCUCGAGUCCGGGGCUCGACGCAAGUGCAGGCGUGGGGUACAAGUUGAGCAGCGAGAAGAAGGGUUUGGAGCAGAGCGGCGGGAUGGAAAUUUUUGUGUCAAGGGAUUUGGAGGAGUGCAUGGGGCGGAAGAGGAGGGAGGUGGAUUUCUAUGGGAAUUUUGCGGUGAACGAGACGCUGCCGCAGCCGGGGUAUGAGGCUGGUAAUAUGAUAUAGCAAACGAAGGAUAGCGUGAAGGAUGAAUAUUAUGAGAGUGGAUAUAGAGCACUUGGGUAGACUUGUGGAUGUGACUUCUAAAGAUUGAUGUAAGAUGGGAAGCCUCGUCUAGAGAUCGUCUAGAAGUUGAAAUGCGACAGGAAAGUGAGCCAAGUGUAAACGCAGUCGCGACUGAUACCGUAAGGAGGCGUUGUCAUGAUUCA